GCUUCUCUAAAUCUACCAUAAGAAUUUACAAAAUGCCAGAUCUCAUGCAACAGGCACCAGGCUUUGGCGUUGUGUAUGAGCGCCUUCGCCUUGAGAUCGAUGGAACUUUAGUAGACCUAGCGCUUUUUCGACGAGCUGGUAUGUCUACACCCAUCUUGUUUCUUCAUGGAUGGGGUAGUUCCAAAGAAGACUACGUCGACAUCCGACUUUAUUCCGCAUUCGACGGACAACCGUUCCUUGCAUACGAUGCUCCUGGGUGCGGUGAAACCUGGUGCGCAGAUCCGUCGAAGGUGAAUAUUGCCUUCCUCGUUAAGACCGCCGAGGCAGUACUCCACCAUUUCAAAAUCUCGGAAUUCCAUGUCGUGGGACAUUCCAUGGGUGGCCUUACGGCCCUUCAACUUGCGCACCACAACCCCAAAUCCGUCCGCAGCUUCGUCAAUAUUAAAGGCAAUCUUGCGCCGGAAGAUUGUUUUAUAAGUCGCCAAAUAUUUGACAGGGAAAAGGACGAUAUGGAUGAGUUUCUCAAUGACUUCAUCUUGGGUUGUCGCCAGUCUUCCUUCUACUCAAUGGCAUUGUAUGCUGCUUCACUUCGGCAGCGAGUCCACCCCGGCGCAAUUAAAGGCGUCUUCGAAUCUAUGGUGCAAUUAUCAGACAAUGGCGAUCUUUUACUAAAGUUUUUAAGCUUUCCGUUCCCAAAGGCCUUCAUGUUUGGAGAACAACAUGCGAGUCUUUCAUAUCUACCGAAAUUAAAAGCUGCUGGGGUUGAACUAAUGGAGAUUCCGAAAUCCGGCCAUUUCCCCAUGUAUUCCAACCCCGUAGCUAUGUGGUCAUCUAUACAAGACUUUAUACAUAGAGCUGAUAGUCGCAACCUCCCUCCGCAUCAGCCAUGACAAAAUUACUACACCAGUUCGGCAGAUUGACUUGACAGGCUUACUAGAGGUUCAAAGAAAUGUAUAUAU